UUAAUGUAAUCCAAUUAAAAUAUAACAGACUAUUUUUAUGGCAGAAUUCUGGAGUUUUUGUGUCCUCAUAUUUGUUGUCAGGUUGUGGAUGUACGUUAAACACUGGGCAACAGAAGAUAUUAGUUGUUGCUCGAUCCCGCUGUCUUUAUGGGCAUUAACAGCUUUCCGGCUCCAUCUUGUGGUCAUAUAAAAUCAUUACAAGUUCAAGAGAACAGCGUUGCUCCUCCGCCAAGUUGGCUCACACGUCAGAGUGAAACCUGUACUGGUGAGUGGACGUGUACUGUCGGCGUCAUGCGGUUCCCGGAUGCGCCGAACACAAACAUGGACCGGGUGGUGGUGGAAGUCCCGAUCAACAACGCACCCCGAAAGCGUCAGGUGCGUUUCUCAGCGAGGCAUGACAUCAUCCUACUGAGGGAGGUUAUCGCCCAGAACCCAUUUGGUUCUAAAGAGCCAGGGCGGAUGUGGGCCCGGGUGGGGGAGAUCAUCACCACAGCCCUCCAGGAGGAGAGCUUUGAGGUAGAUGCCAGGAGAUGUCGGGAGAGAACCAUGUUGCUGCUAGACUACUACAAGAAACAAGAUUUUCCCAGUUUGCGCAGGUUUGGAACAGAGAAGUUGUAUGCCCAAAAGGAAGAUUUGCUCCACGAGGUUUUGGAGCUGGAGGCUGAGAAAGGGCUGCUGCUCAGUGGUGACAGUGCAAAAUACCAGGAUGAAGAGCCAAGGAAUCAUCUAAUAGAGGAACUAACUCUUACAGAACCAGACAAACCUAACAUCACACGGCUGCCUCCUUUAGUUACAGAAGCAGAAGAAGAGCGUGAACACAUGGCAGAGCUUUCAGCAGCGCCCACAGCCAAGCGGCCCUGCCAGUGUUGCUGCCAGACCUACUCAGAGAUCCUGAGCUUUCUGGAGAAGCGCUCAGAGGCGGAGCAGCGGCUCCGAGAGGAGGAGCUUUCUCUACGUCGAGAAGAGCUGGAGAUUCAGAGGAGUAAGAUCGCUCUGGAGAGAGAACGCCUGGAAGCGGAGAGAAAAGAGAGGGAGCGGAGGUUUGAACUGGAGAGCCAGGAGAGGCAGGUCAUUUUGGACCUGCUGAAAGAUAAAGUGCUGAAAGGCUAAAAGUGAGAAGCCACUAACUGCAGCAUUCGUAGGUGGAGGGUGGGAACAUGGAAGGCGGCGCAAAUUGCCGUGAAGAGGAAGAAAGACAAUAAAACUAGAAGUGAGAAGAUCAAAGAGAGGAACAGUGAGUCGAAAUUAAAAAUUAGAGCAGGAUUGUUCUGUUGCCUUGACCUCUCUGAACAGAAGUAGUUAUUUAGAGUAACUACAUUGCUGUAGGAAGUUCCUCAACUGAUAAAAUCAUUAGUUUCUGGAGCCCUUUGCAUGGAUAGAUGCAUUCAUGCCACAGCCUUUUUCUGACAAACUGUGAGAGAAUUUAAAUAUGAUAUAAACCUGAACACACUGUGCUAAGGACUUCAGACAGAAAACUGUACAGUUUCAGUACACACACAGUUUUAUUUAUUAAAACAUUAAUGAUGGGUUUGUAGACAAAGUUAAGGUGAAAGUAUAUAAGAUGUCCUAUUUUUUACUUUUAGUGGCAGCCAUAGUAUUAAUAUUAAGACUUCAUAUUUGUGUUACACUGCUUUGGAUAACAUGCUGACAUUGUUUAUUUCAAAUGUUAUGCUGAUAAAGAAAAGUGUUACCA